CUGACUAGCUGCUCCAGCAGAAGGAGGGAUGCGCAUCUCGCUGCAACUUCAGUGCUGAGCAACUUGGCUUUCAGACCCGUGCCUGCUCGGCAGCUGUGCUGUGCUGUCACUGGUGCUGGUCAUCAUGCAGGGCUCACCCCGGCGGCGCUCAGCAGUGAGUAUUUUUAGCAACUUUUUCCAGGGUCGGAGGCAUUCUUCCUCCGAUCCGCUUCUUCGCAUCAUCCAGAGGCGCCGGAGCUCAGUUGUUGAGGUUCUCUCAUCAUCGACGCACCGGGUGAUGGUGGCAAUAUCGUCGCUGAGCCCCGAGGAGAUGGAUGCAACUUUUCCUGAGAAAAAAAGAAGUUCAAGGCGGCCGACGGCAAAAUACACAAAAGUGGGGGAGCGCCUUCGCCACGUCAUCCCUGGGCACAUGCAGUGCUCGAUGGCAUGCGGUGGCCGUGCGUGCAAGUAUGAGAAUCCGGCUCGAUGGAGUGACCAGGAGCAAGCUAUUAAAGGGCUCUACUCUUCUUGGAUAACAGAUAACAUACUGGCUAUGGCUCGACCCUCAACAGAAUUAAUUGAAAAGUACAACAUCAUUGAACAGUUUGAAAGAUGUGGCAUAAAAACCAUAAUUAACCUGCAGCGUCCUGGGGAGCACGCGAGCUGUGGGAAUCCGCUGGAGCAAGAAAGUGGCUUCACCUACCUUCCUGAGGCGUUCAUGGAGGCUGGCAUUUACUUUUAUAAUUUUGGAUGGAAGGAUUAUGGAGUGGCAUCUCUUACUACUAUACUUGACAUGGUAAAAGUCAUGGCUUUUGCGCUGCAGGAAGGCAGAGUGGCUGUUCACUGUCAUGCGGGACUUGGACGGACAGGUGUUCUAGUAGCAUGCUACUUAGUUUUUGCAACAAGAAUGACUGCUGAUCAAGCCAUUCUUUUUGUCAGAGCAAAAAGGCCUAAUUCUAUUCAGACUAGAGGGCAGUUACUGUGCAUCAGAGAAUUCACUCAGUUUUUGAUUCCUCUCAGAAACGUAUUUGCUUGCUGUGAGCCCAAGGCACACAGGGUGACGCUGUCCCAGUACCUGACCCGCCAGAGACACCUGCUCCAUGGUUACGAGAGCAGGCACCUCAAACACGUGCCAAAACUCAUUCACCUAGUGUGCAAGCUGCUGCUAGACUUGGCUGAAAACAGACAAGUGGUAGAGGCAGAGCUCUUAAACAUAGCAGAUCUCUCAGCUGAAAUUGAAAAGACUGUCUCCCAGCUGGUGUCGACACAGCUGGAUGGAGACCUUGCCAGGCAGGACAGUGACACGUCGGACUCCUCGCACACCCACUCGGCCACUUGUGACACACAGGAUUCUCUUUUCUCCCUUGCACAUGAAUGUGAUCCUCUUUGGAAAAGGAGGAACGUCGAAUGCCUUCAGCCUCUGUCUCACGUGAGGAGACGUCUAAGCUACAGUGACUCAGACCUAAGGAGAACUGAGUUCCUCUUAGAGCAAGGAGAAACGGCAUGGACGGUACCUGCUCAGAUAUUACUGUGCAACAAACUUAAGCAGAACAGUGGUGAGGACAGUUCUGCCACAGACGAGCAAAAGCCUCAGCUGGAUUUGAACAAAGAAGCAUUAGUGCGUAACACGUGUACAAUUUGGAGUCAGACUAAGUUUAAUUUGGAUGGGCAAAAAGAUGGAUCUUCACUUUAUCAGAGAAGGAACUCUACCAAAGAAGUACAACGCAGCAGAACUUUUUCUUCAGGUCUAGCAUCUCUCCACUAUACCAGGGAGCCUGGAACACCAAGGCAUAAUUUCACCAAUGAGGUUGGCCAUAGAAAAGAAUGUGAGACUCGUAUGUACAGCAGAAGAGUCUAUGUCUCAGAGGAUUCUGAUUCUUCUUCUUCUUCUAAAGUGAACUUUUCCAUUGGAUGUGAAAGCCAAGGUAGCAAAGAUCCGUCAGAGGCAAUUCCACACAUUGUUCUGCAGUCAGAAUUAAGUUUGGAAGCUCGAAGAAUUUUGGCAGCAAAAGCACUUGCAAAUAUAAAUGAAUUUCUGGAAGAGGAUGAAGUGAAGCAGAAGGUAGAAAUGUGGCAGAAAGAACUGAAUUCUCGAGAUGGAGCUUGGGAUAAAAUCUCUACUGAGAGAGAUCCUUUCAUCCUCUGUAGCUUGAUGUGGUCCUGGAUAGAGCAACUGAAAGAGCCUAUUAUAUCCAAAGAUGAUAUUGACAUGUUGGCAAAAAAUUCCAUAGAAUCACAAGAUGCACUUAACUUACUGAAAAAGGAGCAGUGUCAGACUAUCCUUUGUAUUUUACACUGUGUGGUGAACUUGCAAACGCUACCAGCUGAUGUGGAGGAGGCCUUACUUGUUCGUGCUGUUAAAGCUUUCACUAAGACAAGCUUUGAUUCUGAAGAUGGGCCGUACAUUUACAAUACCCUGAAAAAAGUAUUUAAGCAAACACUGGAAGAAAAAAGAAAAAAGCUGAAGGAAGGAACAGAGAAUCCCUCUUGAUUUCUUCACGGUGAUGCUGAAGGAUUAGAUGACUACCAAAUUAUUUUGCAUUUUCCAGCUACUAUAAUUUGUGCUAUUUUGCAUGAUUUACCUAAUGUUAGGUGGCAGCCAUUCUUAACAUUUUAUUUUUUUAGAGGGAGUUUCAUUGUGAACUGUUCUAUCUACAUGGUUCUAAGGAACAGCUCCUGUUUGACUGUACUGCAGCUUUUUGAUUUCCAGUACUAUUUUAUUUCACAAAAUGUUCAUUUGUUUUGAGCUGUAUUUAUUAUUUAGAAACCUCUGUAAUGGGCAAGCUAUGCUUUGUAAAGUUACACAGUUGCCAUAAGUCCAGUGCCAUGGUACAAAAGGUUUGAAUGGACUGAGUUAAAGUUUGUGUAUUCAGUAUGUUUACAUUAAUGUUACUUGAUUUUUCUUUGAGGACAAUAAAUACUGACUGAAAUAA